AGCGGUGGUGAUAGUGUGGUGUGCUUUAAAUCAAGCAUCAACCAUUAUUCAUUAUUUGGUCACAGAAAACCAGAUAAGACAGUCCCUGUUCCUACUGGUGUCAAACCAAUCGCAACUGUAUAUGAAGAUGGAGUAAUUAAAUGCAGUUUUAAGAGACUAAAAGUGCCUUCAUUAUCCAUGAAGUACGACUUGCAUGACAAGCUCUACUUGCUUUUUGCAGGAGGCAAAGUUCAAGAUGGAAAUAUUACCAAACAUCACUGGAGUGACAGGUCCUUUCGCAAGUACAAUGUAUCUUUACCAUUCACUGUUGAAGACAAGGACAAAGUAGGAUCAAAAGUAACAGUAACCAGUGGCACUGAUAGUGUGAUAUGCUACAAGGGUUCAAUAGGUCACUAUUCAGUGCAUGGUCACAACAAACCAAAAGAAACUAGACCAACUCCCAAAGGAGUUCAGCCUAUUGCAGUUGUUUAUUCAGAUGGGAUUAUAAAAUGCAGCUUCAAAAGACUUAAAGCGCCUACAGAGUACAUGAAAUACAACCUGCAUGACAAGCUGUACUUGAUAUUUGCAAGGGGAAAAGUGAAAGAUAAUGAUAUCGAAGUACAUGACUGGAAGGACAGGUCUUAUCGCAUGGUUAAUGUAUCAUUGACGCUGGAAGUACAAGGAAUGGAUUAUGUGUUGUUAAUAACUCAUGCAUGUUUGAUGUUCAUGGCAUGGAUUGGUUUUGGUGUGAUUGGAAUGUUUACUGCUCGCUACAUGAGACAAUCCUGGGGAGAAAAGAGAGUGCUUAACGAUAGUUUGUGGUUCCAGAUUCAUCGUGGGUGUAUGUUAAUGGCAGUCUUGUUGACAAUCAUCAGUGCGAUCAUCAUAUUUGUCCAUGUGGGAGGCUGGUCAGAGAGUGCAGGUUGGCAUGCUGUCAUUGGAAUCUUUAUCAUUGCUAUUUCUAUUGCUCAGCCGUGCCUUGCAUUUUUUCGUCCUGGACCUCAUGCCGAGUCGCGUUUUAUGUUCACCUGGGCUCAUCGAUUCCUUGCAUUGUGUGGGCUUGGUCUGGCAGUGAUCAACUGUUUCCUGGGAGUGAGUAUGCUGGACAAACUGAAGACACAAGGCUUCGCUAUCCUGUCAGUCUUCUUCGUCUUCUUCCUCCUCACCGUCAUCCUGUACGAAGUCUUCUUGUUCCGAAACAAGAAACCGUUGCUCGCUCCGUUCACGGUAAAUGUUGAUCCUCAGGACAAUGUUGGCAUGGAAAUACCCUCCCCGACAUCAGAGGACACGGCACAAACCAAGGAAGGCAGUGGUGAUGUUGAUCUCCAUGACAACAAACCAACACCUGCUGCUGCUGCCGUUGAAGAUGCAACUAAAACCGAGCGUGCAGAGGUUAUUCGUAAUGUUGUGUACAUGUUUAUCAUCGUGUUGGCCUUUGUUUGCUGUUUGGCUUUCGUCAUCGACAUUGGUACUUCUUAAUGUGCUACUGAAAAAGAUCAAACCGGUUAGUGAACUAGGUAAUGACAGACUGAUUGAUGUGACGCAGACCUCCGAUUGUAACUGGCCUGACAACGUAGACUAAAUAUGAACUAGCUCUUUGGUAGCUGUCAAGAACACUCAAAGAAAAGUUCGUUCAACUCUCGCAUUGUAUCUGUAAGUUUAGUGGUUUGUUGUUUCUCAUAGGGGAUUUCUCAUCAUAGUCUCAAACAGAAAAAUGGCUGCCAUUAUUGGUUGAUGUAACAAGAGACGCAUCACAAUUCUAACGGCAUUCAACCGAUAUGGUAGCUAUAGCAACUGACAGAUACCUGACAUUAUACAGGGGACCCAGGUACUACCACUUCGUUAUUCACUAGAACUGUUUUUUAGAGCUUAGAAACUACUAACCGUCCGAAAGAUCUUAGCCUGUGUCAUAUCCGGAAUUUUCUUCGUAGGAAUAGCUCUCUAAAUACGAAGAAAAUUCCGGAUGUGACGCAGGCUAGAAAGAUCUCUUUGAACGACUAUUUUACUUAGGAGUGCGCGCACUGACAUGUAUAACGUAUAUUCUGGUUUAUAGAUCAUGAAGAAACGUAGUUUAUUAUAUCAAGUAUAUGACUGAGUCCAAUAAAUAAUAGACUUGUGAAUUUA